AUGGGUAGAUUUGGAGCAGUCGGAAUGAAACAGGUUAGGGCCGCAGAUAUGGAAGAGGGAGGAGGCAACUAUACAUUAAUGCUAAAGGAUGCUAAGAGUAGACAUAAAUACCAAGUACCUCUUUCAAAGCUAUCUGUUGCACUCAAACCACCAAACUUUGAUGAGCUCACUCUCAAGAGACCGGCAUGGUCAACUGCCCUCAUGAUGAUCACCAGACUCAUUCCCUACUAUUGGACAAAGAAUUCUUUCAACAUUAAAGUCCGUGUAAUCAUUUCAUUAUCCAUUAUCUUUUUUUCAAAAGGAAUUAAUUUAUAUGUUCCAUUAUUAUUUAAAAAUAUUAUAAACGAAGCAACAAUAGGAGUACCAAUGAAAACAAUUAUGUUUUAUGGUUUAUUACUUAUCAUUCAAAAAUCAGUUUGGGAUAUUCGUGAUGUUAUUUUCCAACCUGUAACUGAUAGUGCAACAAGAAAUGUAUCAUUGGAAACAUUUGAUCAUUUACAAAAAUUAUCAUUAUCAUUUCAUCAUCAAAAGAGAACCGGAGCUAUGAUCAAGGUUAUAGAGAGAGGUACCAACAGUAUAGUGACGUUGCUGUCACUGUUGCUGUUUAAUAUAUUCCCGACUUUGUUGGAGCUUGCAACAGUGUCGGUGUUUCUUUUAUUUACGUAUGGCGCAACCUUUGCAUUUAUCAAUUUGUCGUCAUGUGUAUUUUAUAUCAUGUUUACGUUGACAGUGACCGAGUGGCGUAACCAGUUUCGUAGACUGGCCAACCGAAAAGAAAGCGAAGCUAGCGAUGUCAGAAUGGACAGUCUUUCCAACUUUGAAACGAUAAAGUAUUUUACAUCGGAAGAGUAUGAGCUCAAGCGAUACGAUAAUGCGUUGCUAGACUACUUUAUCAUCAAUGCCAAGGCGCGUAUCACCUACUUUUUCCUUAAUGUGGGGCAGUCGACCAUCAUCACCAUCGGCACUGUUAUGGGCCUGCUAUUUUGCACGUAUGGAGCGUCGGCAGGUGCACUGACGGUCGGUGACAUUAUCGCAAUCAACACCUACAUUGCACAGAUGUUCCAGCCUCUUGCAUGGCUCGGUACCAGCUACCGUAUGAUUAUCCAGUCGUUCACCGACAUGGAGUCGCUCAUCGAGCUGCUUGAAACCAAGCCAGAGAUUGUCGACGAGCCCAACGCUCUACCUCUGCUCUACGAGGGUACACUACCAUCGGUCGAGUUUAGAAACGUCAGUUUUAGCUACAAAAACGACGACCGACUCUUGCUCGACGACAUCUCGUUUGUCGUGCCACCCGGCAAGUCUGUUGCCAUUGUCGGGCCCACUGGUGCCGGUAAAUCAACGAUCUUUAGACUACUGUGUCGGUUCUACGAUGUUAAAGGCGGACAAGUAUUAGUUGGUGGAAAGGAUGUGCGUGACGUACAACAAAUAUCGCUGCGUCAAGCAAUUGGCGUCGUUCCACAAGAAGCUAUCCUCUUCCACGACACUAUCGCAUAUAAUCUGGCAUUUGGCAAGCGCGACUGCUCCGAUGAAGAGCUCAUCGAAGCCGCCAAGCGUGCUCAAAUCUAUGAUUUCAUCGAUCAGUCGCCAGAAGGUUUUUCAACGGUCGUCGGCGAGAGAGGUCUCCGUCUUAGUGGUGGAGAAAAGCAACGUGUCUCUAUUGCACGUACUAUCCUAAAGAAUCCAGACAUUCUCAUCCUCGAUGAAGCUACCAGUGCGCUCGAUGUAAGCACAGAGAAAAAGAUACAGGAAUCACUCAAUGACAUAUCCCAAGGUCGUACCACAUUGGUCAUUGCUCAUCGUCUCUCGACCAUCAUCAACUGCGAUGAAAUUCUCGUCCUCAAAGAUGGAUCAAUUAUCGAACGUGGUAAUCAUCAACAAUUAUUGGCCGCUCAAGGUGAAUAUCAUCAUCUUUGGACUCAACAAGCUGACAAGAUUAGUAGUAAUAGUAAUAGUAGUAAUAAUUCAACCAAUAGUCCAGUAAAUAAUUCAUAUCGUUUAUAA